ACGGUUCUUUUCCAAUUCGGCUGUGAAACAACGAAGAACGUUCUUCCGAGCGAGCGAAGAAUUCGCCAAGAGUGCAAUUAAAAGCGAGAAAAGCGUGCAAAGCGUGAAAAGCGGAAGAAAGUCGGUGCGAAGAACGCUCUUCCUUCCAUCCAAAAACAACGAGCGAGUAGAGUUCGUGGAGAGUGCAAGAUUCGACGACUGGAAGUGCGGCUGGAAGUGCAAGAAAGUGGAAGAAGAAAGUGGCGAGGGAGGGAGGUGGCGAUAAGACACCCACCAUCUAAUUAUAGACCUCGCUGGUGGUCUAAAAAUAAACAAGCGCAAACAACAGCAAACAAUUGGAGAGCGUUUCGAACAGCUGUUGCAUUCGGACUCGAAUUCGGAUUCCUAUUCGGAUUUGUACUCGGAUUCGGAUUCGGACUCGGAUUCUACUCUCUCCCGGAGAAAGAGACAGCGCUAAGGACGUGCAGAGAGCGCCGGCCCAGCGGCACUUGAGCGCACAGUGAGAGCGAAAGAGACAGUGGCAGUGGCAGUGGCAAGAGGAAGAAGGGGGAGAUCGCGGCGGCAGAUAGGAAUACGAGAUACUCCGAAGAAAACGGCAGCUUUACGUUCCAGCAGCCAAGCGGCCAGCUUCCAAAAGCGUUUUCAAUUCCAAGCCAGUCGCAACGUCAGCGGAAUACCGCUACAAUUCGCAUACUCCGUCGACUGCCCUCUCACUCACACACACACACACACUCACUCACACACGCAGUCACUCACUCACUCACUCCUUCUCCUGCGGCCCGUGACAUAUACCCGCACUCUUCUGUUCCUGCCACAAUACUUCACGCGAUGCAACAACAACUGGCGGACGCAGCAGCAGCAGAAAACGCAGCAGCCUCAGCAGAAGUUAACAACCACUUGCUCUAUUUUCCGCACUCUGAACGCCAAACGAUUUCCAAAGGACAUUGAACGAUCUUCAAUCGCCAAACUAACGGAUAUUUAUCAAUUCGCCAAUACUUUUGUUUUUUUUUUUUUUUGCACGUAAAAACGCCCAGAAACCUUAAAACCCAAACGAAUCCCACCAGAAAACCUAGAAAACAAAAAAGAAAAAUACCGAAAACCUGAAAAGAUAGUUAACCCUUAUUUUUAGUCGCAUUGUUUUGUUUUUUUCGUCAAUUGAUUGUGAUUUUGAAACUGUGUGAUCGUAAAAGAAAAUCUGCAAAUUAGCAAAAAAGAAAGUUCCUUAAGCAAGUGAUAAUCCGAUAGAAACUCUAAAGACAGCAAAGGAAAGGAAGCCGAAACAGAAGAUAACAGAGACACAAAAUACACGAAACUAAACUAAAAACACACACACUAUAUAAGCACUAUAUACAACCCACGAAAUCAAACAAAACCAAAACCAAAUCCAAAUAUCAUAAGCUAAGCAUCCUAGUCAUUCGAUAUCGAGGACUACUGAGGAAACUGAUUGAAACACUGCACACACAAGGAUCAAACGGCAUGCAAACAUGAUUCCCGAAGUGGCGACCACCAAAGUCCUGCUAGUCCUCACCACCGUGCUCGCUGUGGCGGCGCUGAUCAGCAGUUGGGUGCCACAGGUGGCGGGUGGUACAGUCCCACCCGCGGAAUACGAGCAGAGACGCACGAUGUGCUCCACUGGGCUCAGCGAUGUGAUACAGAAGAUAUGCGUGGGCGGCACGGUGGCACUCGGCGAUGUUUUUCCCAACAGUUUUGGGAAGCGCAGGAAGCGCGACAUGCCGAAUGUGACCGAUUUGUGCUGCAAACCGGGUGGCUGCACCUACAGGGAGCUGCUGCAGUACUGCAAAGGAUGAUGUAGCAUCUGAGCUCCAUCCCCAACCCCCUCACCCCACCCCCCUCAACUGCAAGCCACUCUACACCACUCCACACAUCAUUCGUAACCCCUAAGAUACGAAGCGCCAAGCAGCAGCAGUCUUCCCUAGAGUAUACUAAGUAUAUAUUACUAAUUUAACUAUACACUAACUCAAUUCUGUACAAUAAAAGAAAUUCGAAAUGAGCGCGGAUCUCUAAAGUUUA